GAGGCGGCGGGCGAGGCGGCGGGUGAGGAGAUGAGCGGCACGUCGAGUGGCGCGGCGGCUGAGCGUGCAAAUGAGGCGGCCACGGGGCAGGCGACAGGCGAGGUGGUACGGGACGCGGCGGGCGAGGGAGCGGCGGAGGAGGUGGGCGAGGCGGCAGGCGAGGCGGCGGACAAGGCAGCAGACCUGUCAUGGGCCGAUGUGUGCGCGCCGACCGAAGAGGAGGUGCAUUUGUUCAAGAUGAAGAAUGAGCUGAUGCUGGACAUUGGGCGGCUGCGGCUCUCGCUGAGCGGACUGGACGUGCCGCGACUCAACGAUGCCGUCUUAGAGGGCGAGGGCAGCAUCCCGCACUUUGCAGAGGUCGCGGACGUGCUCGACAAGAUCGAGUCGCAGAGCGGCGGCAAGGUAGCGGCGCUGGUGACGACUUUCGGCGCGAGAAGAUGGACGAGAGUGCCGGGCACCCCAUCUGGCGGCUGCCUGACGAGACGCUCGUCAGGCUGCGGCGACUACAUGAGGACGCCCUCGAGCAGAGCGCCGAGGAGCGUCUCGCCCAUGAGGCCAGGCAGCUGCAGCAGCUUGAGAUGGAGCGUGAGGCACGGCGCGGGGCGGAGGCCACUCGAACUGUCGAGCCCAGCAACAGCAGCUCGGGCCGCCGCCGCACCGUGUCUCAAUACCAGCUGGAGGAGCGUGCGCGAAAGCGCGGUCGUGGUUAGAACACUCACCAGUCAGUGCGCUCGUUUGAGUGCUAGUAGUGC